AUGCCCACAGGAUUCACAGGUCAAAAUCAACCAGAAAUGCAGGCCGCCCCAGGUGUCGUCACACAAGAACAGCUUGCGUCUGUAAUGGGGGCUCUGUUUGGUCCCGAUGGGACGAAUGAAGGUUAUAAUCCGGCAACGGAUCGAGAUGAGAUUCCACAACAGAAUUUUGUUCCCCCCACGCCGCCGUUUCGAUCAAAUUACGAGAAUGACCUGAUUUUACAGUUUAAAUCAGUCUUGGACGAGAGGCUGCUAGAGAACAACCGGAGACUUACCAAUAUGUUCAUGGGAGAGUUUUCUCAAUCAUAUCGAUGUUCUCCAAAGCAAAAAACGGUCAGGACUCCGGUGACCGUACGAACACCAAAAGAAGAGGCACACACUCAGAGUGAUAAUGCUGUUGCCGAUUCAUUUAUCAAUUACGAUAACGCCUACCACGUCUUUAUGAGCCCGAUGGUGAAUGAAGAUUUUAAUGAGGAUCCUGAAAUAAUCAAACUGAGACGAUCCGAAAGGCUUGUAAAGCCCGCAGCAGCUGUGCUAUCCCCGUAUGUGGCUUACAAAAGAUUGAAAGAUAGAAAAGCCAAAAGGUUAAGAAACGAGGAUAGACAAAUUGAAUUCAUCAAGCACUUGUAUCCAAAUUGCGGCAGUAAACAUCUUUCCCUACUAGCGGGGAAUUCUGUCGGUCCAAAUUUUUGGGAGUCAUUGCUGGGCAUGGACGAUCGCGGCUGGUUAAGCGAUGAUCAUAUAUUUGGGUGGAUGAUCCACAUGUAUCAUUCAAGAAAUGAAAGUGAUCGGUGGAGUAUUCUACCCCCAUAUUUUCAAAAUUAUUUUCGGUACACGGCCGUCGACCAUACCUGUAAAGGUUACUUUACUGGGCAGGUUGACCCUUUUCCAUCAAUACAUACUGUUGACGAGGUUUACGUACCGUUGUAUAUAGAAGGUGCUCACUGGUUUUUAGGCGUUUUCAACCUGCUCAAUUACACGCUAACGAUAUACGACAGCCUUUUAAAUGCUUUCGAAAAGGAAAGAACGGAUGUGGUGUGUCAUAUAAAUUUUGUGUUUGACCACUGGCUACGAAUUCAUGGUUACAAUGCCCACAGACCAUUACCGUUAACUUACCCUUUCCGAGUUAUUUAUGAAACCGAUGCUCCUUAG